CUUGCAGCGCGUGCUCACUGCUCUCUGCCCUUCUCUGCCUCGCUCUGUCUGGUGCUUGGACUUUGCGCCAAGUGCUACUAGUACACAGCCAAAAAAAAUCUAGCCUUGCCUUCUGCUUCAUGAACCUGAAUGUUCCUAUUAUGCAUGAAUUGCAUUAGUACUGGUGCAAUGGGCGUCAUCUGAUUUCUGAUCUCAUGCACUGCUUCAGAGCUUCGUCCACAUCAAAGUGAGGUGAGCAUGCCUUUUUGAAAGCACCACUCACAUGGUCACUGUCAGGGUUAGCCCAUGAUUGACGCUGUCAUUCAGGGCGGCAGCGCAACAAGGGCGCAAGUGCUGUGAGUCCUCGUCGGCUAAAGAUGAUAACAGAAGGUAAAUGCAAGCUGUAGUAUUAUUCAACGGAGCAACAUCGUGGUUUGCACUCGCAAAAUUAUCAUUCUUCAAGCCGGACAUCAACUUCUUCUGGUAUAUUGUCUAAUUCAUUCAUGUCAUCAAGUUGGACACCGGACGAAUCGUCCAACACACUUCUAGCAGAGAAAGGUUGGUUGCAGGGUACAGUGGUCAGCGCCGUUGCCUACGGCAUUGGCGUCGCCCUGUACUUUAUGUGCUUCCAUCUACUUUUCCGGCAGAUGACCCGCACGAACUACAGAAAACACCUGCCUCUACUCAUGCACAUCACCGUGACUUUCAUCCUCAGCACCUUGUUCAUGGCAGCACUGGCCAAUUUCACGCAACUCGCAUUCAUUCAAGAUCGCAAUUAUCCGGGCGGUCCGAACGCAUUUGAGGAUGAUAUGUUCGGCAUUCCUGUGGACAAUCUUGGAAAUGUCUGUGGCUUGAUAGCAAUGCUUCUUUCAGAUGGAUUGGUAGUCUGGCGCUGCUUCGUAAUUUACAAAGGGUGUAGGGUGCCAAUGUGGAUCAUCAUGUUAUUGCCUGGUCUGAUUUUCGCUGCAUCUGUUGUCAUGGGAAUAAUGUGGCUGCUUCAAGUAACCUCUAGCUCCCCAUAUGUUUCCCCGGCUCAAUUCCAUAGCAUCAACUAUACCAUUCCCUAUCCCAGCCUCUCGCUCGCUCUGAAUAUCAUCGUCACCAUCGUUAUUGUACUUCGACUGCUCACAUAUCGUUACCACAUUUCCAAAGUCCUCGGCUCCAGCUACGGAACUCAAUACACGUCGAUUGCCGCGAUGUUAAUUGAAUCCGCCGCUCUUUAUUCCGUGUUUUCGGUUGCGUUUCUUACUCUAUUCCUUCUGAAUAGUCCCGUCGCGGAGAUAUUUGUCGAUUCACUGAAUCAGAUUCAGGUAAUUGCAAUGCUGCUCAUAGUUUUCCGAGUCGCGCAAGGAAAGAGUUGGUCUCAGGACACCAUGUCUAAGGUAAUGACCUCGAAUCGAUCAGCGCAACCCGUCCACGUGGAUCUCGCGUCUAGUUCGCGGGGCAACUCCAAAACGUUUGCCACUUCCAAUAACAUUGCAAUUGGGACGCACGAGACUUACAAGAUUAGCGACCGCGGUUCAGCAGAGGCAACUUUGUGAGCAAGGUCAUUUAAAUACCUGGAUUAUGCGGGCACUUAAAUAUUGCGCUCAGAGGAAUAUUGUAUAAUACGGAAAAUGGUGUAUCGGUUUAGUUAGUCCCAAUGCGCCCUCCACUCCACCCACUUUUCAUGACUCUCAUCGAGGGCAGAAUAUACUUUUUCCCAGUCUC